GAUAGUCACAGUUUUCCCCAGAUCAGGACAAGAUCUCCCAGGAUCGUGCUGCACUAUGACUGGCCCCUGUCACACUUCUACCCCACAACUUUCCUCCACAUCCCACUAACACAGACACCAUUGAGAGAAGGAGAGAGGACAUCACUAGUUGUGCAGAACUGCUGCUCCUGGGACAGGACUACGGGACCCACCACUACUACCAAGUGCUGGGACUGAUCAGGACUAUUCCCGGCUGCUGGACGCCUCCUACACCCCUUUACUGAUUGUCCUUGUUUUCUCCUGGAUACUUGAAUGCACCGAUGAGAGAUCCAGCUUUCCCGGGGACUGCCAUGGCUUACCACCCUUUCCACGCUCCCAGACCAGCCGAUUUCCCCAUGUCAGCUUUCCUUGCGGCCACACAGCCCUCCUUCUUCCCGGCUCUGGCUCUGCCCCCGGCCGCACUGGGCAAACCCCUCACUGACCCCAGCCUGGCUGGAGCCGCUGAAGCUGGGCUGCAUGUCUCGGCCCUGGGACACCACCACCAAGCUCAUCUGCGCUCACUUAAGAGCCUGGAGCCAGAGGAGGAGGUGGAGGACGACCCCAAAGUCAACCUGGAAGCCAAGGAGCUGUGGGACCAGUUCCAUAAACUGGGGACUGAGAUGGUCAUCACCAAGUCUGGCAGGAGGAUGUUCCCCCCAUUUAAAGUGCGGGUCAGUGGUCUCGACAAGAAGGCCAAGUACAUUCUAUUAAUGGAUAUAGUGGCUGCCGAUGACUGUCGCUAUAAGUUCCAUAACUCUCGCUGGAUGGUAGCUGGAAAGGCUGACCCAGAGAUGCCCAAGAGAAUGUACAUCCACCCUGACAGCCCAGCCACCGGGGAGCAAUGGAUGGCCAAACCUGUUGCCUUUCACAAGCUCAAGCUCACCAACAAUAUUUCUGACAAGCAUGGCUUUACUAUACUGAACUCCAUGCAUAAAUACCAACCCAGGUUUCAUAUCGUGAGAGCCAACGAUAUUUUGAAGCUCCCCUACAGCACUUUCAGGACAUAUGUGUUCCCCGAGACUGACUUCAUAGCAGUAACCGCUUAUCAGAAUGAUAAGAUCACACAACUAAAAAUCGACAACAACCCAUUUGCUAAAGGAUUUCGAGAUACGGGUAAUGGGAGACGAGAGAAGAGAAAACAGCUGACGUUGCCCUCCCUGCGGAUGUAUGAGGAGCAGUGCAAGGCAGACAGGGAUGGAGCAGAAUCUGACGCCUCCUCGUGUGAUCCGGCCCCUGGCAGGGAUGGCAUGCACUCCCCUAUGGGUACAGAGCCCAGUCCCCUGAGACUCAGCCGCAGUAAUAGAGAUGAGAAGUAUGGAGCAGACAGCGAUCAGGAGCUGGAGAGGCGAGACGUCCGGAUUGCCAGGGGUCACAGCAGCCCUGGGGGAGCCCCUUCUACUCCUAGUAGCCCCCGGUUAGAAGAGAGGGGCAGGGAGAAGGCCACUCCAGAAAAGAAGACUGAUUCCCCUGAAAGCAGAAAGGACAGUGAAAACCCCGUCUACAGUAGUCGGAGUAUAGAGAAGGACAGGUUGGAAAGCAGGAGGAAAGAGGACUCCAAGGCUGUGGAGGCAGAAUGUGGAGGCUUGAGUAAAGAGACCUUUGCCCCCCUCAUGGUACAGACUGACAGCCCUCCACAACUCAGCGCUAGUCACCUGCAGAGCUUGGCUCUGUCCGGCCUCCAUGGGCAGCAGUUCUUUAACCCCUUAAAUGCCGGACAACCCUUAUUCAUCCACCCAGGACAGUUUGCUAUGGCCCCCGGAGCCUUCUCUGCCAUGGGCAUGGGACAUUUAUUAGCCUCUAUGACUGGGGCAAGUGGCCUGGAGAAUGGUCUCUCCUCAGUGCAAGGCUCUGGAGCAGCUACACCCUUUCCUUUCCACCUCUCCCAGCACAUGCUGGCCUCUCAGGGAAUUCCAAUGCCCACAUUUGGAGGGCUCUUCCCGUACCCUUAUACCUACAUGGCAGCUGCUGCAGCUGCCGCCUCUGCUAUGCCAGCCACAAGUGCUGCUGCCACCACCAUGCCAAGAAACCCAUUUCUGAGUAGUACACGCCCUCGUUUGCGCUUUAGCCCAUACCAGAUCCCGAUGGGCAUUCCUCCCAGCACUAACCUGCUGACCACUGGAUUGCCAGCAAGCCUCAACCCGGGAUCAGAGAGCUCCAAACCAGGCAGCAGCCGGGAAUCUAGCCCCAUCCCAGACACUCCUGUCCACAAGAGAUCCCACUCUAGCUCCUUGUCCCCAAAAAGUUCCAUCAAGGAUUCCAUAAACGAGUUACAGAACAUCCAGAGACUGGUCAGUGGUCUGGAGAGUCAGAGAGAGGUCUCUCCAGGCAGAGAAACCCCCAAGUGACUGGCACAGCCUGUCAAUCACCUGAGCCACAAGGGCUGAAAAGCACUGGGAUUUUGUACAGCACAUUAUAACUAUUUAUUUAAAACUAUCAGCGAUCAAAAGAAGGAGGACUUGUACAAAACACACUGAACCCCACCACAAAUGAUAAAGGUUUGAAAAGAAUUCUUAUACAUCCACUUGUAUAACUAUAUAGAUAUAUCAUGCAACAUGAAGAGACAAAUCUAUGGGGACUUCAAGGACUCGCAUUAUAAUAGUCCUUCUGUGGAGAAGAAGCCCCUAAUACAAUACUUGGUAUGGCCCAAGAAUGCAGAGACUCAAUGCAAUUGAUGAUGGACAAGAGGGGGGGAACAAGAAAUUCCUGAAAUUUCUUCCUGAAAGAGACUGGGGAGGAUGGGGAGCUGGGAGGUAUUUCGUUAUAUGACUAUUGGAGACACUAGGAUUGAGAUAUGAAGGUUGUCUACAUUGUGACCAUAGGAGUCAUAGGAUCACUAUAGUGAUGACAUAAACAAGACAAACAUAUGAAGAUAGGUAGAAGCAUCCUGCACCAAAUCACCAGUCUGGUACAAUGCUGGCACCUAAUGUGUGCCAGAGAUAUUUAUGAAAGCUGUAAAUAAGCUAGACGGAUCCCAAAUAUGCAAAUUGGUAUUAAUUUAUUCAGAGUUGUACAUGGUGUGUACAUAAUAUUUAGAGAAUAAUUCAUUGCAUUUAAUUUUUUUUUUCCAAUUUACAUGAUAUAUAUAUUGUAAAUGAAAACUUAUCUAGCUCUUUGUGAUUGAAGGAGGUGUCAUUUGGUUUUUUAUCUGUGUUUUCUUAUUUCUUCGCCUCCUGGUGUUGACAAUCAUUGUGCCAUCCAUCAGACAUUAGUCACAUAAUAUUACUACUAAUUCUAUCCAAUAUUACCGAGCGGAGGCAUCAAAUGCAGGAAUAAACCUCAGGUUUUCUUCUCACUCCAGUUCAAUAAAAGUUACUGAUCACGGACUGUGUUAUGGAUUUUAUUAUAGGUCAGGAUCUAGCUCGGGGAUCUGCUCAGAGGCUUUUUUUU